UUGAUAAUUGAUCGGUCGUCAAUUUUAGAAAAGAGCGUUGCAAGGCCUGAAAAAAUUUUUGAAAAUUUGAUCUAAGGGUAAAACUGACAAAUCAGACGAUAUCAUUAUAUUACGCUGGUCACCGGAUCACGAUUGCCAUUGCGACGCAUCGAUACGAACGUUGAUGGUGAAAUCCUUGAGGGAAUGUAUAAUCGAAUCUAGAUUUGUUUUAUUCGAAUACCGUGGCAAAUCCAGAGAGAAGUUAGGGAAUCAGCUGGCCCAGAAAAAAAGUUCCCGGGAAGCCUUCAAUCGGUUCCAAAAACCACGUCCUUCCUUUAGGCGCAAUUUACCACAAGUCCACUUAAUAAUUGCCUGCCUUUGCGGUUUUCCCUUUCCGACAAUCUACAGCCCAACGUUAGCACUAGUAACACCCAGGCUGGUCGUUAGCGACGGUUAAGGUAGGGAUUCGACCGAUAAGUAAAGACUAACGAGUCUAUAUAUACGGAAGGCCGCUCUGUUCCCAACGCCAAUAUCUGUUUAACUCGAAGACUCGUCAGUUUCUUUCACUCCGCGGUAUUUGCUUUUGCUUGUUCAAUUAAAACGUCUCACACAUCAUACGGAAAUAGUACGAGGACCAUAAUCUCGCGCUGUACAGGUGAUCAUUAGGCCCUCGAAGUGCCCCCAAAAAAUUUAUCUCGAUAAAUAGAAGCUAAAAAUGGCAUCGAUCCAUGACACGAAGUUCUUAGUAGGCGCAAUCGUCACUACCGCAGUAUUAUUGCUAACAAUUUCAACGACAUCCGCCCAGAGGAACGUCAAUGAUUAUUAUGCCGAAAAGUCAGGUUCUUGUCCACCCCCACUUCCGGUUGAAAUCUGUACCCAAGCUUGCUACGUAGACGGCCACUGCCAAGGGAACGGAAAAUGCUGCCCAACGAGUUGUGGAGGUACAAUUUGCUCCCGGCCCGUGACAAUGCGAAAACCUGUUCCAGUUGUGAAACGAGGAUCUUGCUCAGCAAUCCCAACGGGAAGAUGGGUCUGCACACCGACUUGUUCUUCGGACGGUGAUUGCCCCGGUGUUCGAAAGUGCUGCAAAAAUCGAUGUGGUGCUAUGGUUUGUCAGAAACCGGAAGCUGAGGUGAUGGCUUCCAUGGAGAUUCCCGGCCGCGGAAGUGACAGAAGACCAGCGCUCCGCAAUCCUUAUUUGAUCUACAUGAACUGAAACAAUCUACAAAAUCUAUUCAUCCGCUUGAUAAUCCGAGGAAAAAAUCAUAUCGCCAUUAUACCUACAUAUAUAACCACUGAACCAUCGUGGAUUAACUGUUCGGAUAUGAGUACAUUUUUUUAUGGAUAUAAAACGAGAAGGAUCAAUUUUCCGUAGUUUAGCCUUCAUCUUUAUUGGUUUCGUUACUUUUUUUUCAGUAGCAUCAUUUCCUAGUCAUCGCAAUGCGCAUCGUUGUAAAUUUCGAUUUACAAUAACAAUAAUGACAUUCGUGCGAAUCAAGAAUAAUAUUUUACUGAAGUUUUCAAAGAUUGGUCAUGAAACUACUUAUUGUUAGUGCACACCUCUGCUGCAUAAUAUGCAAAUUGGUACGUCGCGAUUGUCAUAAUCUUCCGAGUAUUUGAAUGUAUAUGAUGUCAUCGAUCAAUAAUGUAGUUUAUCCUCCGUACUGUUAUUACUAUUUUCAUUAGACUAAUAUUAAUAUCAUUUUCAUUAUUACUGCAAUAAUGUUAGCUAUGUAGAUUUUACGUACGAUCAGCUUAUAAUUAAUUUUAAGUAUAUUGUGAUUAUAGACAUCCCAGAUGUUGCAUAAGGAUUAUUAAAACAAAAUUGUGUUUAAAAUCCAUCAAACUUCGAUCACAAUCAGAUCGGACCGGUAUGAAACAAUUUAUGUACCAAGUACGCGUACAUGAAACGCAUGGCGCCCAGCCGUACCGGAAAAAUGAAAAAUUCGAAUAAAUUUGACAAAUUUGGAUAAAAAACAAAUUGAAGAAAAAUCAAAUAAAUAUUGGAGGUAUAAGCUUCCGGUACGGCUAGGCGUCAUACAUAUGGUACAUGAAUCUUAUAAUUCUCCAAAGAAUUUAAUUUACGGAUAUUCUUGAGGAACGACUUUUUGAUGCUGAUUGAUUUGGAACAAUUAAAGUACUUGGCGAUUAUUUUUGCACCUGAGGGACUUUUUCGGAAAAA